UUCUUUAAUUUCUUUCUUAAAACUUUGGUUUAUUCAAUUUCAAUGCUAUGGAGAAUGAUUUUCCUAAUUCUUCCAACUCCCAAAAAUACCAAAUAAUAUGGGGUCCUGAUGGAGGCAAAAUAAGCCAAGUUAAGUGUUAUAGAUGUAGCUUUUGUAAAAGAGGUUUCUCUAAUGCACAAGCUCUAGGUGGACACAUGAAUAUCCAUAGAAAAGAUAGAGCCAAGCUUAGAGAAAUCUCGAUCGAGACUUCAGAAUAUAUCAAGAAGUCUGUCAGUCCUUCUUCUCCCGAUCAUAUUCAAGUACUAUCCAGUACCGAUGAAUUAAUAUUGCAACACGAUAUAUCUAGCGAUGACAUGAGUAACAACCCCUCGAAAAGGCCAUGUGUUACACUUGAAGAACAACAUCAUAAUCAUCAUCAUCAUCAUCAUAUUUCGAAAGAAAAAGAUGAAAAUCAUGAAUUGAUUAUAGGUGAUGUUUUACAAUUACCUUUGUUUGUGGACUCUCCAUCAAAAGAAGAAAUUAAUAAGGGCAUGCAAUUGAGUGUUGAUGAUUCAAAAUUGGACCUUGAGCUUCGAUUAGGACCAGAACCAUAGUAAUUUUUAAUAAAUUGAUCAAAAUAUACCUACUCAGUAUCCAACCAAUUAGAGGUACUAUUUAUUUUUCUUAUAUGAUAUCUUUUUUCAUUUUUUUUUUAAAAAAUGUAAUAAUUCUUCCAGCAACAAGCUACAUCAACAAAUUGAAGAGAUCUUUAUACAAAUAGCCGGUCGAAUUUACUGUAUACGUAUUUUAUUCGAUAUACAUAAAUUAUUUAUUAA